AUGGAUACUGCAAAUGUGCUCCUGGAGUUGCAAAGUAGCGCCACCUGGGAUGCCGUGCAGGACGAGCUGCUCCUAAGACUUCUGCAGUCCUUGCGAGAUGGCAUUUUGAGGCGUGUGGAGAGCACCGAGGAGCGGCUCCAAGCCACCGCACAACGUGCGGAGGCAGUGGGCUUAAAGCUGCGGAGUGCCAACUGUCAACUGGAGAUUUUGGCGCAGAGCCAAUUCUUGGAACAUCGCAUCCAAACCGACGAGGACGAGGUUGAGCAGAUGGUUGAGUCGCACACGGAGGACCUUUGGUCCAGCUGUGAUCUCCAACAGAUCCCUGAGGCGGAGUUCGAAGCCAUAAAGACCGCUUUGGCCUUGGGACAGACCUUCGUCCAAGAGCAGGUCCCAGAGGACUGGCCGCCUCUCCCAGAGGUGGUGGGCAGCGAGGCCUGGCAAAGCUCCUGGAUCACUCCGGUGGAGGACUUCUUGGCUGAAGCGCCUGUUGCACCAGUCGCGACGCCGCUGCUGCCGGAAAGUGGCGGCACAAGCCCUCAUGCGGUUCAGGCCGACGAGGAGACCUGGGAGGAAUGGCCAGAGGCAAGCCAUUCGCCGGUCCCGCCUCUCCAGUCCCUUGAGCCGGAGCCGGACCUGGCAAGUCAGCUCAACGCUCUCCUCAAGAGUCGUGGGGGUCCAGUGGGCGAGGCCUCGGAUGAGCAGUGCCUGGACCUCCUGGUGCUGCAAUGCACCUGCCGCUGGUGGCAAAAGCAGUUCAAGCAACGGAUUGAGCCCUUGUACGGCUUUGCUCUACCGGCCGUCGCUCACGUAGCGAUGCACUGGGGCAUGUUUACCGAGCACGGAGUCAUCUCAACGCGCAACUGGCAGGAUGACAGUGAAGUGGUUUGGAUCACCGACCCUGAUGAGGAUCACGGUGACUUUGAGGGAUCCAGCGAAGGCUCGAGAAUCUCCCCAUGGCCAGCCUAUCAGUUAUGGCAUGCCUUGAUGAAGAGAGUUUGUGCUUGGCAUUCCUCUCAAGGAAAGCCUCAACCGUUUGGUCAAGGCCUCGAGGCCUGCCGCUUGCAGUUGGGUCCACGGAGCCGUCGCUUAGACAUCGAGGCAGGUCUUUCAGCCUUCCAGCGAGACCAUAUGGAUGAUGCGACGCAUGGUGGCCAUGAAGAACCACCUUCCAUCCUUCAAGACGCUUUGCUGCCACUGGGCCGCCAGAAAUCCUUCCAUGGACGGCGAACGUAUGUGGAGUCGGGAGUGCUUUUAGAUGGCCGGAGCCAUCAUGCUAGGCGGCAGGCGCUCGCUCCGUUGACUGGGAAUCUGGUCCGGCAUCUUCGCAACGCCGCGGCGCAUACUCAACCAGGGGAGCAGGUGUUUGGUUUGUGUCAAACCGCGUUCCCAGAUGUUGACUCGGAGCUCCUGUCUUCUGUUUUUGAGCAGGUUUUGAAGCUUGUUUGUCGCGAAGGGCUUCUGGUCGUGACUCGUACUGAGUGGACAAGGGCAUGGGCACGGGCAAUCAAUCCAACCUGGGCCGCCUCCGACCGGGCCCUUGCCACACUGGAUGGCGUCUCCACCUUUGCAGACCGCGACGGUGCCUUUCGCAAGAUUCGGCCGGUGGGGAACCCUUGCCUUACCAUGGUCAAGAAGACUUCUGAAUUUGCUGUUGUCUCGGUGCAAGGGGCAGGCACGGGCUUGCUUACCUGUGUCAUUCCUGACUUGGUGGCUCCCUCUCCGUUGUCAGAGUAUAAGCUGGGUGAUGCGCAAUUGACCCUCUGUGCACAACACAAAGAUGAAUUUGAUUUUCUCCAGGUUGACGCAGAGUUACCCAUUCCAGAACAUUCAGACCUGCAGGUCUGUGUUCCUACCACUGACACUCAAGAGGUGGCUGAUACACUCAACGGAUAUUGGUCGCAGUUUUGGACUUGGGAUGAUGAACCCACCACCUGGGAUGAUUUCUCCUCACUUCUUCAUCAAACACCUGCCCUCCCAGAAAUGGAUGUUACCCUCACGUUUGCUGAGUGGAAACAAGCGAUUCAGCAUUUGAAGGUGAACACUGCCAGGGGCAUUUGUGGAUGGUAUGCACAGGAACUCCGAGAUUUGCCAGAUCAAGCACUUGACGACCUACUCCGGUUGUUUAGCUCUCAGCUGUCGUCAAUGCCAGCCCAUCUUAUGACGGCUCGUACCAUUCCUUUGGGCAAGACAAAGGAACCAGAUCAGGCACAUCUGACCAGGCCUAUUACCAUUCUCUCCUUGCUUUACAGGCUUUGGGGGCGGGCUACUACCACCAAGAUCCUGCAGUAUUGGUCAGCUUCAUUUCUGCCACAGGUGGGCUUUUUGCCAGGUCGCUCCCUGGCCAAUGCCAUGAUUGCUUUCCAAAAUCGACUGGAACAAGCACAUAUGGGCGCGAAUGUUUCCUAUGGUGGGCUGACUUUGGACCUCAUCAAAGCCUUUAAUUUCAUUGGCCGCGAACCUGCAGCCGAAGCAAUGAUGCACUAUGGUGUUCCCUCCGACUGGGUACAGUUCUGGUAUGCUUCCAUUACCGACAUGCAUCGGGCGGCCAGUGCAGCAGUACUCCUGUCCAGACAGCAUGUGGAGACCUCUGCUCUGAUAGCAAGCCUCCUUCUGGACUUUGAUACUACACAACGUAUACCAGCAGAGUUUGUCACCAUGUUUGUCACCCCGACCAACGGUUCCCAAACUAUUCCUCGCUCGGAACUGGCCAUUGUCGUUCGUGUUCUUCAGAGCUGCCCACGUGUUGAGGUGGUCACUGAUUCGCAAUACGUCAUUGAUCAACAUGCCAUGCUUUUACAGCAAGACCAAAUAGGUAGCUGUCAGGCCAUGCCCAACUAUGACUUGCUCCAACAGUUACAUGCUUUGCAGAGGCAGCCAGGCUAUGACGUUGUGUUGACCAAGGUGAAAUCCCAUCAGUUGCAAUCAGGUCCGCCUACAUGGUCGAGGCUCCUGCAAUUGGGCAAUGAGGCAGCUGAUCAGGCUGCCAAGGAGGCCAGGAAGUCUCCAGUGGCAACUUGUCGACAAGUUCCUCUUCAACAUCACCAAGAAGAACGACAACGGGUGCAAGCCCAAUUUGCGUUGUGCUAUGAUGUGGGAUGUCUUCGCAAGCAACUCCUGGCGAAAGUCUCACCAGAGGCUCGGGACCCUGAUCCGUCCCAGGCCACACCAGUCCUGCAGUACGAUGAUACACAUGCUUUUCCACCCGGUCUACAUCUUUCUCCCCUUCUGCGCUACAGUCUUUGGGGUGAGGGUUUCAGUGCAGGAAUUCUGUACUGGGCCACCCAUUUGAAGUGGCCAAGCGGAAGCUUCCUUACAGAUAAGGCUGAUGUGGCAUCACCAAGGGUGACUUGGAUGGAGCUCCUGCUGGACUGCCAACUCCCUUUACAACUGUAUUGGCCGCACAGUAUCGUGAGCUCCAAGUACCCACCUGUGCUGAGGUACCCGGCUCAUCAUGGAGUGCAUCAAGUUGAUAUUCCGUUCUCCUGGACCUUGAGCAACUUUCGAAGGGCCAUGAGGCAUCUUGAAGAUUUGCUACAGAUUUCCUUGCUGCCCCGAUCACGAGGCACUGUCAAUUCGCUCUAUCGAGUUGGAGCACGAGGCCACAAGAAGGGAAUACCCUGGAGGCCGCAGCUGUGCUGUCCCCAGGAAGUUGAACAGACGCUCAAGGCCUAUUUUACCGAACACCCACGCUGCACCCAAUUUCGGCAUCAGCCACAAUUGCUUGAGCGCACACCUCAUUUUGUGGUGAACUGGACUCCUGCCGAAGUCUCUUAUGAUCCCCAGAUUGGCAAAAAGCGCCUACAACGUCUCGAACCUCGACCAAGCUCUUCCUCACAGGCACCCAUCUCUCCAGCCAAAGGCCGACGACGUGCACCGCCCAGCGUGGAUGCCUUGGAGCUGGAGGACUCAACGGCGUCCGCCGGGUUGCCGUCGUGUCACUCGAGCCCAAAGCGGAGAUCCUUGCGGCUCUUGGACGAGGAGGAGGAACUUUUGCCGCCUCCAAUUUCCAGGUCUCGGCCGAGGGUGUUGACUUUGUCACCCAGUACGCUGCAUUGCGACCGAGCUGAACACUUGGACCAUUGGCCGAUGGGUUCUCUGGACUUGGACCGCCCGGAAUCUCCUGCGCCCAACCGGGAGGACUUCAGGGCUUCGAUCCCUUGCGGCGUGGCGGUGAUCUUCUUCGACUUCGACGGCACGCUCACCGCCACGCCGGGGGACCGGGCCUCCCGGCGAACGAAGCAGGUGGAGUUGCAGGCGCGAGCGCCGAUGCUGGGGCCUCGGCUCAAGGCCUUGCGCCAGAGCGGAGCCUCGCUGGGGAUCAUCUCCAAGAGCACGGAGAGUACCAUCCGGAGCGCGCUGGAAGCGUGUCAGCUCCACAAGCUGUUCGACGCGCCAUUGGUUGCCAAGGCCGUAGGCUUUGAGGGGAAAGUUGGCUUCAUUGAAGACUUGGCCGUGCGGGGCUGCCUUCCAAGAUUGGGUUCCACUCGUGGACAUCAGGUGGCCUUCCACCGGAUCUUGCUGGUGGAUGAUGAUCUCUUGGAGUUGGAUCGGGCACGGCAGCGGGGGUUGCAGACUUAUGCAGCACCUGAGGAUGGAGGGCUACAAGAAGAGGACUUCGAGGUCAUUGCCGAGUCCUUGCGCUUGCCACGACCCAGUUCGCACCCUCUGCCCUCACAUGCGCGGAUCCCCAACAGUUUCACCUCCCGUUGCCGCUCGGCGGCGGCGCCGAGCCGCCCCGUGCGGCUGCCCUCGAUUGACGCACGAAGCCGCUGGAAGACGAGGAUCCUUUUCUCCGGCGACUGUUUGGGCGACUUCUGA